CCAGGCGCGCGGCGCGGCUCGCGAGCCGCAGCGGCACGACGGGCAUCAUGGAGGGUCUCGUCAUUCACCUCAUCCUCAACCUCACCGCGCUCGCAUUUGCGCUCCUGGCUGGCGUGGCUGGCUUCCUCUUUUCCGCGCACCAGGUUCACGUACCCGCAGACGCACCGCUCGUGGCGCUCCUGUGCACGCUCCUGCCGUACGGCGUUCUGCGCCUUUGUGCCGAUACGCUGACGAAUGCGGUCGAUACGCUGUACCUCUGCUACGCCAUCGAUGACACCGCAAACACUGAGCACUGCCAGAAAGCGGCGCAAGCUCGGACAGGCUCCUAAUAUCUAUACCUCCACUCACGACAAUGCACCUCUAUGACAAGCUUCAUGUAUCCUAGCCAGAGACUGUAUCGACCUAUCGCAUCCCUCUCACCAUCGC